AAUUUCACUGUUGAAGAAAUUCGCGGCUUGAUGGACAAGGUUACCAAUGUGCGUAACAUGUCUGUUAUUGCUCACGUCGAUCACGGUAAGUCUACCUUGUCUGACUCUUUGGUAUCCAAGGCUGGUAUUAUCUCUGCUGGUCGUGCUGGUGAAACUCGUUUCAUGGAUACUCGUCAAGAUGAACAAGAUCGUGGUAUUACCAUCAAGUCUACUGCCAUUUCUCUUUAUUUCCAACUUCCUGAUCCUGAAGAUAUUAAGGAAAUCAAGGGUCAAGUUACCAAUGGUUCUGAUUUCUUGAUCAAUAUGAUUGAUUCCCCUGGUCACGUUGAUUUCUCUUCUGAAGUUACUGCUGCUCUCCGUGUUACUGAUGGUGCUCUUGUUGUUGUUGAUUGUAUUGAUGGUGUCUGUGUCCAAACUGAAACUGUGUUGCGUCAAGCUCUUGGUGAACGUAUUAAGCCUAUCGUUGUUAUCAACAAGGUCGAUCGUGCUCUUCUCGAAUUGCAAUUGGGCAAGGAAGAAUUGUACAACACCUUUGCUCGUACUAUUGAAUCCGUCAACGUGAUCAUCUCUACUUACUUUGAUGAAGCUCUCGGUGAUAUCCAAGUUCGUCCUGAAAAUGGUACUGUUGCCUUUGCCUCUGCUCUUCACGGUUGGGGUUUCACUCUUCGUCAAUUCGCUCAACGUUACUCCAAGAAGUUCGGUGUUGACAAGGAAAAGAUGAUGGCCAAGUUGUGGGGUGAAAACUACUUCAACCCUAAGACCAAGAAGUGGUCCACCAAGGCAUCCGCUGGUGGUGAACGUGCUUUCAACAUGUUUGUCUUGGAUCCUAUUUACAAGAUCUUUGACUCUGUUAUGAACUUCAAGAAGGAUCAAGUUGCCACCUUGUUGGAAAAGUUGGAUAUUCAACUCAAGUCUGAUGAAAAGGAAUUGGAAGGAAAGGCUUUGCUUAAGGUUGUUAUGCGCAAGUUCUUGCCUUGUGGUGAUGCUCUUUUGGAAAUGAUCUGUAUUCACUUGCCCUCUCCUAUCACUUCUCAACGUUACCGUGUACCCAACUUGUACGAAGGUCCUGCUGAUGAUGAAUGUGCUAUUGGUAUCCGUGAUUGUGAUCCCAAGGGUCCUCUUAUGUUGUACAUCUCCAAGAUGGUGCCUACCUCUGAUAAGGGUCGUUUCUAUGCUUUCGGUCGUGUCUUCUCUGGUACUGUCCGUGCUGGUAUGAAGGUCCGUAUUCAAGGUCCCAACUUUGUUCCCGGUACCAAGACUGAUUUGCACAUCAAGUCUGUUCAACGUACUGUCCUCAUGAUGGGUCGUGGUGUCGAAGCUAUUGAUGAUUGUCCUGCUGGUAACAUCAUUGGUCUCGUUGGUGUCGAUCAAUUCUUGGUCAAGUCUGGUACUAUCACUACCUCUGAAGUUGCUCACAACAUGAAGGUCAUGAAGUUCUCUGUCUCUCCUGUCGUGCAAGUUGCUGUCGAAGUCAAGAACGCUAACGAUUUGCCCAAGCUCGUCGAAGGUCUUAAGCGUCUUGCCAAGUCCGAUCCUUGUGUGUUGACUUAUACUUCCGAAUCUGGUGAACACAUUGUUGCUGGUGCUGGUGAACUCCAUUUGGAAAUUUGUUUGAAGGAUCUUGAAGAAGAUCACGCUCAAGUCCCCUUGAAGAUUGGUGAUCCCGUUGUCCAAUACCGUGAAACUGUUACUGCCGAAUCUUCCAUCGACUGUUUGUCCAAGUCUCCCAACAAGCACAACCGUAUCUACAUGCGUGCUAUGCCUUUGGAUGAUGAACUCUCCAACGCUAUUGAAUCUGGUAAGGUUGGUCCUAAGGAUGAUUUCAAGGCUCGUGCCCGUAUCCUCGCUGAUGAAUUCAACUGGGAUGUUACUGAAGCUCGUAAGAUUUGGUGUUUCGGUCCUGAUGCCACUGGUCCUAACUUGAUGGUUGAUGUUACCAAGGCUGUCCAAUACCUCAACGAAAUCAAGGAUUCUUGUGUUGCUGCUUUCCAAUGGGCUACCAAGGAAGGUCCUCUUGCCGAAGAAAACUUGCGUGGUUGUCGUUUCAACAUUUUGGAUGUUACUCUCCAUGCUGAUGCUAUUCACAGAGGUGGUGGUCAAAUCAUCCCCACUUGUCGUCGUGUCGUCUAUGCUUCCGUGUUGACUGCCACUCCUGGUAUCCAAGAACCCAUGUACCUCGUUGAAGUUCAAUGUCCUGAAUCUGCUAUUGGUGGUAUUUACUCUGUACUUAACAGACGUCGUGGUGUCGUCUUCUCUGAAGAACAACGUCCUGGUACCCCUAUGAUGACCAUCAAGGCCUACUUGCCCAUCAACGAAUCUUUCGGUUUCAAUGGUGAUCUCCGUGCCGCCACCUCUGGUCAAGCCUUCCCUCAAUGUGUGUUCGAUCACUGGGAAGCUAUGAAUGGUAACCCCUUGGAAGCUGGUAACAAGGUCUACGAUAUCAUCCGUGACGUCCGUAAGCGAAAGGGUCUUACCGAAGAUAUUCCUGGUCUCGACAGAUACUACGACAAGCUUUAGAAGUUUGGUCUUUUUUGAAUUGUUUGCGGUUUUUAUAUAUUGUGGAUAUCUCUCUCUCUCUCUCUUUUGUACACUUUUGAUGAAUUUUAUAUUUUUAGAAACUAGAAAUAGAAAUUGUUACAAUAAAAUAAAGAUUUUUUAAAUAUU